UGUGAGACCAGCAGCCAGAAGAGCAGGAAGAAAGAAGGAGGAGGGAGAGGAUUCAGAGCGAGACAAACAGUGUGGCUGCAGUCAGGAGACACAAACGGAGAGAGAGGAGGAGAUACAGAGAGAAGCGAAGGUUUCCCCUCCUCACCUCACUGACCCAUGAAAGAAGCCAUGCCGGUUCUCACAGCAGGAGCGGGGCUACAUGAAACGUUGGCCCUGCUGACCUCUCAGCUGCGGCCAGAUGCCAACCACAAAGAGGACAUGGUGUUCCUCAAAGAUGUCUUCAGUGAGAGGAGUUUGGGAUACCUGAUGAAGAUUCACGAGAAGCUGAGACAGUAUGAGAGACAGAGCCCAACACCUGUCCUCCACAGUGCUUCCUCUCUGGCAGAGGAUGUGGCAGAGGAACUACAGAGUGGUUCGAUGAGCACAGAGGAGAAGGAGCUGCUGAAUUUGCUACUUUCCCCUCAUCUUAAGGCUGUUCUGUCAGUGCAUGACACUGUAGCUCAGAAGAACUUUGACCCUGUUCUGCCACCGCUGCCGGACGACUUUGAGGACGAUCUGGAAGAGGAAUCUGUAAAGAUUGUCAGGCUGGUAAAGAACAAAGAACCUCUGGGAGCCACCAUCAGGCGUGACGAAGCCACUGGAGCAGUGAUAGUGGCUCGGAUAAUGAGGGGAGGUGCAGCUGAUCGAAGUGGUUUGGUGCAUGUAGGAGAUGAGCUGAGGGAGGUGAACGGGGUCUCUGUGAUCCACAAGAGGCCUGAUGAGAUCAGUCAGUUGUUGUCCCAGUCCCAGGGCUCCAUCACUCUAAAGAUAAUCCCCGCUAUUAAAGAGGAGGACCGGCUGAGGGAGAGCAAGGUGUACAUGAGAGCCUUGUUUGACUACAUCCCCUUGGAAGACAAGGCCACACCCUGCCAGGAGGCGGGACUUCCCUUUAAACGGGGAGACAUCCUGCAGGUUGUGACGCAGGAUGACCCCACUUGGUGGCAGGCCAAGCGCGUGGGAGACAGCAACCUGCGUGCUGGACUCAUCCCAUCCAAACAGUUUCAGGAGAGGCGACUGGCCUACAGGAUGAAAAUGGGCACACUCCCGAAUCCAAAAUCCCCUAAAAAGUCUCUCUAUGAUCCAGGAUGUGAUAAAGAGGACUGUGACUGUGAGGGCUAUUUCAAUGGACAGUACAUAGUCUCUCCUAAGUGUAAAGCAGUGGCGCCCUCCUGUGGCCAGGUGUUUUCCUGGGAAUUUUAUUCAGCUGGUUUGCGGAGGAGUUUCCGCCUGAGUCGUAAAGACAGGCAGGGAUCAUCAGGAGAGGGUUCUGAUCUUGGAGAACCAGAGUUCCUGACCUAUGAGGAGGUGACCCGCUAUCAGCAGAGGCCAAAUGAAAGGCCCCGCUUGGUGGUUCUGAUUGGUUCUCUUGGAGCAAGAAUUAAUGAACUCAAACAGAGGGUGAUUGCUGAAAACCCACAUCGUUAUGCAGUAGCUGUACCGCAUACAACCAGACCCAAGAAGCCGCAUGAGAAGGAUGGUGUAGAGUACCACUUUGUCACCAAACAGCAGUUUGAUGCAGAUGUUUUGAACAACAAGUUCAUAGAGCACGGUGAAUACAAGGAGAACCAAUACGGCACCAGUAUCGAGGCUAUCCGCUCUGUGCAGGCCAAGAAUAAGAUGUGUAUAGUAGAUGUGCAGCCUGAGGCUCUGAAGAGGCUACGGACAUCGGAGUUCAAGCCUUAUGUGAUAUUCGUCAAGCCUCGUGUUCCUGAGAGCAGACGUCGUCGCAGUGCAGCCACCUCACCAGGAGGGGGCGAGCAUGGCCGCGUUACAGAUGAAGACCUCCAGGAGAUGCGUCAGUCUGCCAUUCAGAUUGAUCAGCAGUAUGGACACCUAGUGGACCGUGUCCUGAUCAAGGAGGACUCGGCCAGUGCUUGUGCAGAACUGCGAGGUAUUUUGGAGAGGCUGGAGCGAGAGUCCUUCUGGGUGCCUAUCAGCUGGGUGCGGACCUAAGCUUACCAACGCACUUCACAAAUCGUUCCAGAAGAACUUCACAGUCUGUUCACCAAACCCUGCACUGGUCCUCUCCUAGAGAGCUGAUAUUCUUCCCUUCUCUAAAGGCCUGCUGGCCAGCCUUGGAGUCUGCUGAACUUCCUCUACAUAGUCCUCUGAAUGCUACAGGGCUGGUCAGUCAGCCAAAAAUCGAGGCACCAAAGGGAGAGAAUGAUGUCAGAGGAAUACCUCAGUUUUAAAGCAGGUUGGUUAAUUAGCCCAAAAGUCACAGUCUUACUUCCUCAAACAAUCACUACUUUGUCUUGUCAUAUUUAUUCAGGUUUUGAUUUCAAUUUAUUUACUUAAAAGACAAGGAUGGAAAUUGUAGUUCUAAAUGGUUGGCACUGCUCUCUUUUUUUAAACAGUCCCAUAUUUUUUCAACAGCUUUCCACAGUUUAGCUUGGCCAAAACAUCCCCCCCCCCCCCCCCCCCCCGAGAAAACGCUUCAUUGUAUUUCAGCUUAAUAAUAGAUCAAAAAAUGUAUUUGUUAAGCAUGGAAAGAGUUUAUAAAGUUAGGAAAAGCAAAGUUUUCCCACAUGCAGAAAUAAACCUUCAGGAAAAUUGGAUGCUAAGCAGAAAAUAUAGAUUUACAUAGAGGCAACCUUCCAAACAGUUAUUUUGACCCUCUUACAUUGAGUUAUUUUUGUAGCCCCUUCUACAUUCAAUUUUCCUUCCUCUUAAGUUGGAUAAAUGAAGCUUGCUGCCCACAAGGCUUCCACAGACAGAAAACAGAGGAAGCCCCGGCACAUAAUUAGGUGGAUCACAGCUCUACUGUGUAUGACCUCUUAAGAUCUGGCUGUCUUAAAAAAUAGCAAUGAUAAUGAUGAUUUCUUAGAAAGACUGAAAACACGUUUGAUUAGAUGGGACGUGACUGCGAUGUGUGUCAAGAAUGGCUUAAGUUGGUUUGAAACGAUUACAUUUUAGCAGUUAUGUUUAAAUGAUAGAAUAUGAUUUAUCUUGUAGUUUAUUGUGAGGCUGAAAUACAAAAAAAUAAUUCCCAGCACAGGUGACAAUUACAAAGAGACAUCCAAGUUAAUAACAGGUGGCAGAAAUGAAUGAAUGUUUAUCUUUCACAAAUGACUCUUUGAUGCCUGGCACUUCAAAAUUAAACUGCAGUUUUAAUAAAAGUGAUGAAUACUGAUAUCAGCUAAUAGACUUUUUCAUCUUGAACAAAAUGUGUAGUUUCUCAUUAACUGCAGCUCCAUUUCCCUUAUAAUUUGAGCCAAAGUACCUGGUGAAAUGUUCUGGUAAUUUAUAGCAAACUAGUUACUUUGUUGAAAAUAUGGGACUCGUUAAAAAAAGCAUAGCUCAAAUGUUUUACUCUUCAAACUAUUGCACUUCUAGCUGAGUGUGUCAGGUUUGGUCUCCCACUCAGAGGAUUGCUCAGUCAGUCAGUUUAUUGUGACUCCUGUUGGAGUACCUUUUGGUAGCAUGUUUGUUAAUUUCAAAGCUUUAUUCAACUCAAUGCCAAUUGCAGAAUGCUUCCUGUUUAUUCCUACUGCUCAUGCAUCAUGUAAAGUAUAAUCACACAGUGACCAGAACAAAAUAAAUACACGCAGAGUUAAGUGACUAUCAUUUGACACGAAUGCAUUCUUUUCACGCAAACAAAAACAAAACAAAAUAAUCAAAUGGAAUGUGAAAAAAGUAUUUUCUACAAGAGUUUGUUUUUAAGAAAUGCAUGAAAAAAACUGAUCAUUUAACCGCAGUUGUAAAUACUGUAAAAGUGACUCCUUUUGUGCCAACGAAAGAUCUCGUAGCACUUCAAUGCAACCUGUUUACCUUGGAUCCCUGGGAACCCACAUGAGUUUGUGUGUAAAAUGAUGUUGUGCACAAAGUCUGUGUGGAUGGAUGUCAGAGUGUGUUUACAUGCACCAACCUGUGAUGCUCCUUUACAUGCAGAAAUGGAUUUUGUAGAGUUUUCUUGCAGAUAUCUGUAUUUUUGACUGCAGAAGUGAUGAGUACUUGUUUGUUUUUUCAUUACUGUUGUAAUGUUGCGCUGAAAGACACUGUGUCCGGAAAAUCUGAAUUAGAACUGAACCAGUUUUUUUAUUGAGUCAGAAAAUAAGCAGGCUAGCCAUCAUUUCACCUUCUUUACUAUGAUGUCAUUUUCUACUUCAUCUGCUUAAGUCAUACAAAUCUGAAUUUGACAUUUCACAUAUCAAUAUUUUAUAUAUCAUACUUUGAGCUCUUCCUAUAUAAAGACCUAUAUAAAGUCUAAAAUGGAUUUAAUCAGAACGUCAAUAAAAGAAAAGGGUCAAGUUAUUUUUUCAAUUACCAACACUCAUAAUUUCUCAGCUGUACUUUAACAUUUCCCUCCACUGGUUGUGAAAACAUCUAGCCCAGUUUUUAAUAGGCAAAAGCAAAAUUCAAUUACUAAGUCUUCCAAAGUAAAUUCUCUUAUAAAAUUACCUCAGCUUAUGAUGAUUUCUGGUAAAACACAAGGCAACUUUGUAAAAGAAAUACUUCAGUUAGCUAACUAAGAGGACCCAGAACCACAGACUGUACAUAAAAGAUAGACAUAGCCACUGACAGGCAAAGGGAUGGCUAUGACUGAGAACACUAAAGCUUAAAUUACAUCAUGCUUCGUCUUUUUUAAUUCAAAUGUGACCAUAAUCUACAAAAAUGAACAUAAAGAUGUGUUAAUGAAAAUCUGAAACUAACGACUGAGAGUAUUAAGUAAUAUGAAAACUGUUAAAAGCUAUUAAAUAAAAAGGAACGGGGCAGUUUUAUUUGAACUCUAUUGUGCCCCCUCCUUACCAUUAGAAAGCGUUCAGGCUCUUUCUCAUUGACUCUAUACGCGAAACAAUUUUCACUUAGAAGGAGAACCAGUGUACAGAAGGGGAAUAACACCCAAAAGCUGUUUGUGUCAUUCUAAGACAGGCCUGAAAAAUAUCAACCUGUCCUUAAAUGACACAAAAUCAGAAAACCAAUCAGACACUCAGACUGCGUCUCACCGGUGAUUACAAAAAGAAAUGACUGGUUGGAGAAAAUUUCAGAUAAACUGUCACUACUAGACUGGGAUUUGAUUGAAUGUAAGUGUCUGUAUGUGAGGUAAAAAACUAAGCAGCUUCCAGAACCCUUCUGUCUUUUUUUAUGCAAUGAAAUAAUGUUCUUGAUUGUUUUAUGUGCUAUAUGAACCAAGAAACCCAGAAUGUUGAGUUUGUAUCCUGACAUGUACAAAGUGCCAUAAUAAA